AUGGGAAGUGGUACCAUGGGAAGUGGUGCCAUGGGAAGUGGUACCAUGGGAAGUGGUGCCAUGGGAAGUGGUGCCAUGGGAAGUGGUGCCAUGGGAAGUGGUGCCAUGGGAAGUGGUGCCAUGGGAAGUGGUGCCAUGGGAAGUGGUGCCAUGGGAAGUGGUGCCAUGGGAAGUGGUGCCAUGGGAAGUGGUGCCAUGGGAAGUGGUGCCAUGGGAAGUGGUGCCAUGGGAAGUGGUGCCAUGGGAAGUGGUGCCAUGGGAAGUGGUGCCAUGGGAAGUGGUGCCAUGGGAAGUGGUACCAUGGGAAGUGGUACCAUGGGGCACAGAGAGCUGUUACAACCCGACCUCUCUUUUCGUUUUCGUUUUCGUGGCAAAAUCAGGGUAGUGGCAGGGUAUAUUUCCGCUACGCCUGACUUGGGCAGGGUAGCUUGA